AUGGGUUGCAGCUUCCACCUACCCGCUGUAACCACACAUCAGGAUGGGUUCCAGAUUCCACCUACCCGCUGUAACCACACAUCAGGAUGGGUUGCAGCUUCCACCUACCGCUGUAACCACACAUCAGGACGGUUGCAGCUUCCACCUACCCGCUGUAACCACAUCAGGAUGCUCUUCCCCACCCAUCAGGGUGACGGCGGCAGCGUGGGCGGGUGGGCGGUGGGCGGUGCCGACGUCUACGUAGCUCGUGGCAGCGACUCCACCAGAGAUGAUGGAAGACACAUUCUGGUUGUGUCGCGGCCCCCGGCCUAUAAACUCACCUUCUCCUUCAACACCACCUACGAGCAGGCCAGACUCAUCCAGGCUCUCUCCUCGUCAGGGGCGACCGUCACCGGUCUCGACGCAAUUAUGCUCCUUAAGGACCUGAGGAAGCAACAGGAGGAGGAACGAAAGGAUGAAGAGAGAAAAAAACAAAUUAAGGAGCAGACAGGAGCUCUGGAGGAGAGACGAGAGCCCAAUAGCACCAGCACGUCACUUGAAAGAGUCGCUGAAUACGCGGGGCAAGACGAUAGGAAAGCAGAGGAGGACGAGGAGGAAGAGGACGAGGACGAGGAGGAUCUUACAAUAAAACGUGAGAAGAACAUUGAUGACGAAGACGAAGAAGAUGAGGAAGAGCCAGGGAAAAAUAUUAAUACCAUAUAUGACAUAAGUACCGGCGUGGUGAAUAAUCCCCUCUACUCCUCAAACGUUAACUUGUCGAGCAGUGAUGGCGAGAGCGAUGCUCCAGCCACCAAAGAAACAUUCUUGUUUACCGACAGCCGUAGCAGUAGUAACUCAGAGGUUCCUGUGGCAUUACUUACUGAGGUCUCCGUAACCAACCAGAGGUCUAAUGAGAACGUUAACCCCCUACCCAAACCGCCACGAGCCGUCUUUGAUGAACCAAGAUCAUCAGCAGAUUCGCAGAGUCCUUCUCUGGAAGAUGGUAGUCCAGUUACGGUUGAUGGUAGUCCUAGAGAGGUUACUGAUAAUCCCAGUGAAGCUGGUGAUAAUGAUAAUCCCACUGAGGUCGGUAGUAAUCCCUCUGUGCUUGACAGUAUCCUCGCUGAGGUUAGUAGCUCAUUUGAGCUUGAUAGUAACUCCGUUGCAGUGUGUGGUAUUCUUGCUGGUGUUGACAGCAGUCCCACCGAGGUUAGCAGUGGUCCCAUUGUUGUUGAUGGUAGUUCUGCUGAGGUCGAUAAUAGUUCCACUGAAACUGAUGAAAAACAGAAAGAGCAAUUAUCCUUUAUCAGUGGCAAAUACGAGGAUGUUAUAUUCAAACUGGAAGAGAAGGAAUGUGUCAGUUCCAGCGAGUCUCUUCUAAGCAGUGAUUCCUUUAAGGAGGUGAUCACUGGAGAAAAUGAAAUGGUAUCUGAGGCCAUAAACUUACUGCACUCCAACACUGAGAGCUCGAAAGAAGGUGAGGGUUUAAGCCAAGUGGAAAGUAAACCUGAAAAGCAUGAUUUUCAGGAUGAAUUUGAUGAAAAAAUCAAUAUUACAAUUGAAAACGGGAAAAACUCUGACGUAUUAUCAGAAAAUGGUCUUGUCUCCGGUGAUACAUUUAAAACAGAACCCACAGAAGAGUCUUUAAACGAGAGCUGUGCACACCAGCCUGUGAAGAUGAAGUUGGAAAGAUAUUUUUACAUUGACUGUGAGGCUCCUCCUCCAGACACCGACUCUCUCGACUUGUACCAGAGAAACAGUUGCGACUCACACCUCGACUCCCCCUCUAGUAGUUCUUCAUACCCUUCCAAUUCUGGAGAGAGUGGGAGCAACAAGGAAGAGAGUGCGUCGGAGCAAAAUAAAUCACAGGUUAAAUACGACGACACCAUAAACCAAGAGUCCAAGGAAAGCGAAAUUCACAUCAAGAACGUAAUACAUGACGUACACAGAGACACUGAAAAGAUAGAGCAGAUAUAUAAUGAAUUAAAUAAUAAUACACAAGGAGAGUUGCAAACCGAGAGUUAUAAAGAACACGAAAUACCAGUAUCACCGGUGAAUGAGAUUCUGGAAAAUAUCGAAGAACUUGGAGAUGAAAAUUCUUUGCAAGUCAGCCCUGACAAUGUCAUGAAAGAAAACGGACAUAUUGAAGGGGAAGACUUAGUUGAUUUUCCCAUAGGCUCUCAUGGUGAGCAGCAGCCUCUGAGGAGGGUCAACUCAAUUAUUAAAAAGAAAGGGUCAUCUUCCUCUAGCACCGGGUCAGUGAAAAGGGUACAGUUCAACCUGGAUAUAAAGAGCGAAACACCUCCUCCCUCUGUUGCCUCUGAGCCUUCAGUGAGCACUGCAGCGACGGCAGAAAAGAGCGAUGACACACGUUCUGCAUCUGCAAGGAAGCCUGAGUCAUGCAGUGAUACUAGGACUUUGGGCUCAUCGAAGUCUCCGACGAGUCCCAAAGCGAGAAAAGAAACAUCAGGGACCACUACAGGCUCAAAGAAAAUGGAUAAGAAAACGUCAUCAGCAUCCUUGGGAUUUCCCUCAAAGAAAAAGGGAUCUUCAGACACGACAUCUUCAUCUCCUUCGAAGAAGACUCCAGAUUCUUCCCUCACAUCGUCAGCAAAGAAGAAGACGUUUGAGCCAUCUAGUACGUCCUCGCCAUCCAAGAAGAAGGGAAUCUUUUCUUCCAUCUUCUCAGGUUCUUCGAAGAGGGCAGACUCCCUGGUGACCAGGGAAGACGCAGAGACCAAGAAAAAAUCUUCAGAAACAUCAAGUGUGUCUCUCAAGCGAUACCAAACAGUAGAUCUAAAUGCACCGAUAAUUAUCAGUGGUCAGGCUGAGGUCGGCGUGAGCAUGAAUAGGUUAAACAGUCGUCGUGUGGAGGUACGAGACGGUCACGUCUUGUCGUUCCUGCCUCGAGCAACGACUCCCACCUCGAGGAUCAGCUUGGUGGGCCUCUCUGUCGCGCCCGUCCUCGGAGCCUCCCACACCCACGCCCUCACCCUCACCCGCGCCGCCCGCUGCAUGAUGGUGAUCAAGCUUGGGUCGAGGGAGGAAAUGAUGAGGUGGAUCCACACUUUAUCUGACGAGGUUAUUAAGGUUACUCCGGAGGAUCAACAAGCAGGUCUCAUCCUCUACCCGUCACCUCCUGUAAAGGGGCAAAAGGAAGAGGUGGUGGUGAAGGAGGAGGAGGACAGAGAGGUGAAGGAGAACGAGAAGGAAGAGGAAAAUAAUGGAGACGAGCAAAAGGAGCAAGAACAGAAAAAUGAAGAAGAGGAAGAGGAAAAGGAACAAGAUAUCGAAAAUGAACUAGAUAAGAAACUGGAACAAGAGGGGGACAAUAUACUUAGGGAUGAAAAAGAGGAGGAAAAGAAACCAGAGAAUGACAUAGAACAGGAGACAGAAACAGAGGUUCAUCAAGACUUGGGAGAGUCGAGGAAAGACCUUGCAGUGGAAAGCGAAAUAACCAAUGGUUGCCUCGAAGCUGCUGGAGAUGAAAGCCCUGUCAACAAGAAGCAAGAAAAUCAAGACGAUGGUGAUGGGGAACAUCUUGGUAAUAUCUGUAGAGCAACUGAUAAGACACUUGAGCAAGGUGGUGACUGUGUUGAUGGCUUACAGAGUGUUAGCUCUGAGGGCAAACUGAGUGAGAUUAAGGACCUACAAAAACAGGAUGAUAGUGAUGAGAAUGAUUGUAAAAGUAUUUCGAACGAUCGAAGAGAAAGUACUAAAAGCGAAUCUGAAAUUCAAAGGAAAAUUCAACUGUUUUCACAAGGAGACAGAUCGAUGGAACAAAAUAAAGGAGUAACCAAGGGAAAGCACCCACCCCUCCGUCGUCUAUCUGGUGAGACUAAAGCCAGCUCACAACCCGAUGACAAGGGCACAGAUACUGUUGACAACUUCCUCAUAGUUUCUAAUCUUCCAGGUUAUCCCACGAAUAUAUCCCGACCAACGAGACAGCUCAGUGUUUUCAGUCGCAUUAUCAGUGCUAGUGAUUCUUCUCUGAGAACUACCAUUACAUCUCGAGCUGAUACAAACCUUUUUGAAAUGCAGACAUUCGGGAGUGAUGCCCUUUCCCAUAAAAAUUCCUCGGAUAAACGCCGUGAAAAAAUGAGAACUCAGGAUCGAAUCUUACCUCGUGGACCAGGAAGCCACACAAGCAUCAUUGAGUCGACGCCUCACCUUGAGAGAAGGGCUUCACAGUCCCGCAGCUCCUCUCACUCGUUAUCGUCUCGUUACCUGUUCAAUGAGCCACGACCCAUUGAAAUUAUCGAGAAUACAGAUAACAAGUAUAAUUCUGGCAAUGACAUUAGUGGCGCAAAUGAAAGGCAUCUAAACAAUCGCAGUAAACAUUGUUAUAAAGACGAUCUGAGUGCCUCCAAUGCCCCUGUGAAAGACAAUAUCGGGGAUUUACAAAGGAUUACCUGGUCAGUUGCGGCUACGAGGGAGAAGUUUGAGUUACUCUGCUCUGUCAGUGGAGAGAACAAGGGUGGCAGACUUACAACCAAGACACCGAUAUCCCGCAAGAGGACAUCUCGAGGCACUCUCAAGAAGCGUUCUCUCGAGGGUGCUUCAUCCCGAAGGUCCACAUUAAGAAGAGGGGCGAAAAAGUCAUCAUUUGGUGACGAUAAUUACAACAGUCAAGAAAUGCAUGGAGAUUCCAGUGAUGCAAACGUUGAUCAUCUAUUGCAGCAGAAACCUCUCAGACUUCAGCCAGUCAAGGACCUCAAGAAAAACUUCGAACUGGACAUAUCAAGAAAUUUAUGUUCUAAGGCUAUCCGCACACCAUCAACGGAGCUCAGCAAUGAUCCACUGGCAGCCAGGAAGUCUCCUCUUAGUAAGACAGCUAACGUUCUGCAACAGCCUUAUUCCCGUUCGUCGUCUCCUUCGUCAUCCUCCGAGGCAAAAGUUCUCACGAGUAGAUCAGUCAACGUUCGUCCUUCGGGUGUUGGUUUAACGAGAUGUAAAGAUAUGCCUCAGCACCCGUCAUCUAGUGAAUCCUCUCGUCCAUCCUCAGUACAAAACAAUGAUGUUGUUAUAUGCUGGCGGGGACCCUACAUAGCCCAGUCGACAGAGCAAGCGGUGUUAGCCAACAUCAGCAACGCGUUCUUGGCCAAACGUCGCCUCUUGACGCGGGAGGUGGCGGAGGCGAGGAUCCAGGAGCGACUCUCCUCUCUCGAGGAGAAGCUUUGGCACCUCCAGUCCUCCAUGGCAGACAUGAACAUCAACAACCUCGGUAGCAACAACACCCCUAAGUGA